AUGUCGGGCGGUCCGGUGGACUCGUUCACGCAACACGACGUGGACGCGGGGCUGAUAUCUUACGUGCACGGCGCCGGCGCCGGCGGUCAGCUUAACAAGACCUCGCUACGGGUAUCAGACGGAAUAGAGACAAGUGGUCCGGGCAUACUGCGCAUAUCGAUAGUUCCACUUCAAGUGAGACUUGUGAACAACACUGGUUUGCAGCUGGUACAUAACUCCUACGCGAUCAUCGCCGCCGACAAUCUCACUUUCACCACUAACGCGGACGAAACUAACGUACAAGUCAAGUAUGAUAUUGUAAAACCGCCUCAGUUCGGUGUGGUGGAGCGGCUGAGGGUACUGGACAGCACGUGGCAGACAGUCGACUCUUUCACUAGCGAAAUGGUAUCAUUCGGACGGGUGCGGUACAUGCAUCUAGUUGGGAAUCCCACCCAUGACGAGUUUAAGAAUAUCGACUCUGACCAACUGUGGUACAGGCUGCAUAGACGCGCGUAUUCGCACAUACAGGAUGAGUUCUCCUUUGUGGUGGGCGCGACCGAGUGCGAGAAUAUAACUGGCGUGAUGACAAUACGACACCUCCCCGGCUUGCUGCUACCCGACCACUCCACCGGCCGAGUGCACACCACCUUAGAAAGGCUUCAAGUCACCGAAGGUUCCAGAAUGGUUAUACCCACCACGCAUUUAAAUUUCCGGACCGAUGCUGUGACCAAUUUAAUUUUUAAUAUAACUCGCCUGCCGAAACACGGCAAGAUCGAAGUUAUCAAUGAAAUGUUGAAGGUUCUCAGAGACAACACCACGUAUUUUACGCUCGAAGAAUUGAAUUCUGACAGAGUGUAUUAUUCUCACGAUGAUUCUGAAAGUCGUCAUGAUUCGUUUCAUUUUAUGGCUUUGAGUCCUGAACCUGAAGAUUUUCAAUACGUAGGCGUUUUCCACAUCGAUGUUAUAUUAAAGAACGACAACAGUCCGGUCAGGGUCAACAAUAACGUGUUUCAUAUAGUGCACGGUGGAGCUAGACUGAUAACUGCGAGAGAUCUCAGUUAUGACGACGCAGAUUUGGACACCAAACCUUCAGAUAUCGUUUAUACUGUUCAAAGGUCGCCAAAAGACCCUCCGAAUGGCGGCAUUUUUCGGGCCGACAAUCCUUCAGAACAAAUAGCAACUUUCACGCAGGAUGACAUCAAUAAGAACUUGGUGUUAUUCAAGCAUCAGGGUAAAGAAUAUGGAAGGAUGGCUUUCUGGAUAUCGGAUGGAGUAUUUGAUGUUAAUGGUAAUUUGGAGAUACAGGCAUCGCCGCCGUUCAUAAGGAUGUACCCGUCGAAUGGAUCUAUUGUAGAGAACGGCAAAGCUGUGGUCAUAACUUCGAAGGAUAUGCAGGUGGACACGAACAUGAACUGCCUUGAAGAGGAUAUUCGAUACGAGGUCACUUUAGAGGCUAAACACGGUUCUAUAGAAGUCGGGGAGGGUCAGGGAGCAUACACAUUCACUCAGCUGGACAUAGCGGCAGGCAGAGUUGCUUACAGGCACAGAGAGCCUAAGACUCCUUCUGAUCAAUUCAGGUUUAAAGUAAUGUGUCUAGACACGUGGGGUGAGGGCUUGUACAAUAUCAAGAUAUUCCCAUCAAGCUACUGGGAGCCGUUGAAAGUAACUGCAAACAGACCGCUUGUCGUUGAGGAAUCUACAAGUGUUAACAUCACAAAGGAUAUUUUGGAAGUUAUGCAUCCCCAAAUUGAACCUUCCAACAUAGUUUACAAGGUGACUGAUGGCCCCUACCAUGGUUGGCUCGAAAUUAUCUCGACUCCGGGCACAGUCGAGUUGGAAAAUUAUAACGAAGAGCCCGUACACACGCAAGUCUUCGACCAAUCUGUUAUAAACGUCAACCGACUAAUGUACGUCCAGUCUGGAGUAAAUCGAACCAGAGAUCGAAUAAAAAUGGACGUCACGAACGGCAUAGUGUGGCUGCGUGAUCUCGAACUUACUGUUAUAAUAAUACCGGAACAUUUUUACAUCUUUGCUUCAAAUUUAACCGUCGUUGAGGGUGACGCUAUUAGUGUCAGACCUGACUUGUUCAAGACGAUCACAGAAUAUUACAGAGGUAAAGUGGUGUCGUAUAAAGUGGUCGAGAAACCGAAGUACGGGAAGAUUGUGAUGGGCGAGCAAGAGUUAAAUUUGUUGCCCGUUUUGAAGCUCAAUUCAGGAAAUAUACAGUAUGUAAACGACGGGUCGGAAGAGGCCGCAGACUCGUUUAGGUUGGUCGCACUCACUGAGAAUAAUAAAGAGAGUGAGCCCUUCACUGUUCGAAUCACUAUAGUCCCGGUUAACGACGAGACUCCCAUUGUGGCGGCUAACACGGGUCUAUGUGUAUGGGAAGGAGGCACCUUUACUUUCACGAGAAACGAACUUUAUGUGAACGAUAUCGAUACUCCGCUCGAAAAUGUUACGAUUCAGGUUGUCGACAUAGUGUCUGGUUAUAUUGCUAUGACGGGUGAUAUCGAAACGCCCGUGCUUACCUUCAGUCAAGCUGACAUUGAUAACGGCCGAAUGGUACAAAGGGAAAAAUGA